AUGCCGUAUCGCUAUCACGACGACCAAGCCGGUUCUGAUGAUGUUCGUGCCGAUCAGACUCGAGGAGAUAUUAGAGAUGUCCAGACACGAACGAAGCCUGCCGGCAUCGACCCGGGGAGCCGGGCCUCCCGCGUCUCGAACCCUCACAUCGCUCUCGAUGCGGAGUUGUCGAACAUCCGGGAGGAGAUAGGGCAACUCCAAGCCCUUUCUGCCCUCCGCUCGGACGAGAGGCGAAAACUCUUGCAGGAGUUAGAACAGCUUAGUGUGGCUCCGGGCAAUGCCAAGGGCAAGAACACCGAUGGCGUUUCUGGAACGGACUACAGCUCGGACGACUUCCCCUGGUACGGAGAGCUCAAGAAUCAAAUGGAGAGAGUAUUCAACAUCCGCGAUUUUCGACUGUGCCAACAAGGCGUAUGUAAUGCCAACAUGGACUCCCGCGAUAUUGUAUGUGUAAUGCCGACUGGCGGCGGGAAAAGCUUGACCUACCAAUUGCCUGCCCUACUGAACCCUGGAUGCACCCUGGUCGUAUCACCCUUGAUCUCCCUGAUUACAGACCAGAUAUUGCACCUUCGCGAAGCAGGCAUCGAAGCUGUGAAGAUCACAGGUGGGACACCAAAAGCAGAGGCUCGCGAGAUCAACAGCAGGCUGGUGGCAAUGGCACAGAAUCGACCAACACAAGGCAGAGAGAUUAAGCUUUGUUAUGUGACUCCAGAGAAGAUCGUUAAGAGCAAGACCUUCAUGUCUAUGUUGCAGAAGCUGGUCGAUGGUGGCCGACUCGCUCGGAUCGUGAUUGACGAAGCCCAUUGUAUUUCACAACUCGGCCACGACUUUCGGCCUGACUAUCAAAAGCUACAUAUACUUCGACAAAACUUCCCACACGUUCCCAUUAUGGCUCUAUCCGCGACAUGUCCCCCACGAGUGCUGGAUGAUCUCUUGCGGGUGCUUGGCCUCAAGGGAGUCGUUGAUGGGAACGAUGCCAAGGUCAACGGAACUGUCUACUUCUGUUCCCCCCUGUAUCGCAAGAACCUUCACUAUAAGAUUCUCCCCAAAGCAGCAGCUCUGAAAGCUCAAAUCACCGCGAUGAAAGAAUACAUACUUGAAAAUCACGCGAACCACACAGGCAUCGUUUAUUGUCAUACCAAGAAGCGACCUCAUCUUGCCAUAGAGGAGUCAGGUCGCGCUGGCCGUGAUGGAAAAGAUUCAGACUGUGUGCUAUACUUCCGACCGGCCGACUUCUCGAACCUGAGUAGCAUGAUGGCGAGUGAACGCGGCGGAGCGGAUAAAUUCCACCACAUGCUUGCAUUUGCCCACGAUCUGGUGGAAUGUCGCAAGAUAGCCUUUGCCAAAUACUUUUCUCAUGCGUCGCAACUGUCGUUGACGUCCUGGGCCACAGCAGAUGCCGAUGCUCUCAGCCGCUGCGGACAUUGCGAUAACUGCAACCGAGAUCCAAAUAGCUUCGAGCGGCGAGACGCGACGUUGGAUUCAUGGAAGGUCCUUCGCAUCGUGGAUGCUUUCAAGACUUCUGGUACUCAGCUGACCCUCGCUAUGCUCACCGACCUGGCCCGCGGCAACAGUAGCGGCAAGGAUAAGGCCGCGCUUGAUUUGGAGGAUGUGUGCCAAGGCAAGGUCGAACUGACGAAAGAUGAUCUGGAGAGUCUGCUGGUGGAACUUGUGGUCAAGAAGUAUCUCGUGGAAAACUACCACUCGACAGCAUACAAGACCGUGGCGUACCUCUCCAACGGACCUCUGGCCCUGCAGUUCACGCGCUUCUCCAAACAGAGGCUGGAAACCGACUCACUUGCGCCGAAGCUUGAGUGUUGUUUCAGGACAAAGCAACCGAAGGGUAAAGGAAGGAACAGGGCCAGGGAGAGCAUCGGCAGCAAGCGCAGGCGAGAGCCCGAAAGCGAAGACCACGAGCACAAUGAUUUCUCGGAUGAGGAUAUCGAAGAGCUUGAAGAGCCAGAUUUCUACGGAGAGAUGGAUGAUUUCAUUGUCCCAGACAAGCAACCGAGCAGAAAAGCGAUCGGCUCUCGACGACGGCCUUCCGGAGUCCAUGAAGCAUUUGACCACAUAAGUUUGGCCGACUCGUCGGAUGUCGAUGUUCCGUGGUCAUACUCCAUGCGCGACGGCCCCAAGGAUUCACCAGCAAAGAGGCGACGUGUUGGCACUUCGACGAACAGUGUUCGGAGUAGUGCCAAAUUCAAGAGGAUCGCGUUGGAUUGUGAAAGAGAGGUUAUAGAAUUGUCAGAUUCAUGA